CCCGGAAGUAAACAAACACUCCUGUUCUCUGGCGACUUUUCAGAUUUAACGUUACGAAAACACCGGAAACAAGUUUUACGAGCAGAAAGAACAAAAGAGUGAAUUUAUUUACGUUCAUACGAAGCAGCAGCAGCACAUUGACUCAAACGUUUGUCCGGUAAAAGACCGGAUUCACCUCCGUUUGUCUUGUAGGUCGAUGAACCUCUGACUCGCUGCGGUGGAGAUCAUGGCGUCGCCCAGCGGUGUGUCCCUGCAGGCCUUCAGGCAGCCGUCGGUCUACCUGGUCGACUGUCUGAAGGCCCCGGCAGACGUGAGACCAGCUGUGAGGCCGGGACCAGAAGUCCUCUCUCUGAAGGAGCCGUCCGUCGAUCUGGCAGCGGAGCGGAGUCGUGCCGGCACCGAGGUGACGCCAAAAGACGAGUGUGAGCAGUCGGAGGCGGACUUUGGGAAUCUACAGCGGACGCCGGACGCGAUAAAGCUGGAGCCGGACCAGCAGCCGGACUGCUGUGACGCUGGAGCAGAAAACGAUUGUGAUUGUGAAAUCCCCAAAUGUGAGGAGACUAAAACAGAAGAAACGGAUGAAGUGCAGUGGAGUAAUUCAAUGUUAGUGAGGCAGGAGGACGGCGGCGGCUCCGACGGGCUCAUACGGGACUUCAAAAUGUCCCCUAAAGCUGCCCUGAUCUGUAAUUCAGAGGAACGACGGGAGGAAGACGACGUGCCCACGCCGGAGCAACAUGAAGCUGAAGAUGAAGAAGCCUCUGAGCCUGAAGCCAGUCCGCAGACCGGCGAGAAGAGACUGCUGAAUGCUCUCAGUGGGCUGUCUCGUCAGCUUACUCUGUUUGCUGCCGAUGUGAAUGAGCAGUUCACUCAACUCAACUCCAGGUUGCUGUCCAUGGAGGAUAGGUUGGCUGCUUUGGAGUCGAAAAACUGUGCGGGAGAGACUAACUCUAAGAAGAGAAGACGGGUGCACAACCCCAAGAUUGCGGAAGCAGUACGCCGUCUUCACAACUCGGAGACAAAUUGUAGGCGCUACGAACCGGAGCAAGGACUAACCUCGCCUCAUAACGAGGCCGUGACCUCCUAUUUGCUCGGAGUUAUGUCUGCAAGUCCGGAUUUACACGAUGCUGAUAAUGACGACAUUGUGUCCGCCUGUAAGACCUAUUACGAGACAGUACGCAGGAACUUCAGGUACAAACAACCAGACCUUGCACCGCAGGCGGAAGCUGUGAAGAGUUCAGCUCGGAGUCGAUCGAGAAGAAAGAGGCUGCUGGAAGGGAGACAGAGUGUGCUAUAUGAGGGAGAGAGGGAACUUUGGAAGUCCGCCACCAUAGACCUGAUGUCUGAAGAGGAAGACGGCAUCGUUGACGGGGUGUCUGGAUGGAUUGUGCGACCUCCGUCCUUUCGCAGCCAGGAGCUCACCGAGCUCUGUGCCACGCUGCAGUCGAGAUUAGAGGCGACUCCGAAGUACAGGACAACGCACCACAAACGUCUGCAAAACGGGCCAAAUUAAGACAGAAUACCGCAGUUAACUACAGCUCCGAGGCGGCAAACAGCCACUUCACGGUGCUGUAGGAUUUUGGGCUUCUCGUGAGCUUCCCAUUUGUUGUGUGGGCAGAUCUCGCUUUGUACAUAGUUGUGUGUUUGUGCUAAUAAAGCUCUUUCUUUGAAUAAA